GCCGGCCCUGGCCGCUCCGCCUAUUGGGACUGGGGGGCCUGGGCCAGCCGUCGGCGCGGUGAUAAUGGGGCGCUGCCGUCUGGAGCCCCACGGCCACUGAAACCGCAGUGACACGACAUCGGUGGAAGGGACAGAGCAUUUCCAGGAGCAUCUACGCAGUCCAUGGCACCACGGGACUGGGUUGUAGGCACAGUUGGAAGGCGGCUUGGUAAGAAUCAGCCAAACCCUCAUCACCUUCCAAGUGAAGACCGAAAAUGUAUUUGGAUAAGGGCACCCGCUUUGGUCACAUAAACCGGCACUGUAAGGAUUCUCAGCGAAAUGAAACGAAAGAAGGCAGCAUUGCCUUUAUCUCGUUCGAACAUCUUAUUUCCUCACUCAGGCAGCUUAAAACCCGGUGCCGUGCACCCGCUGGUCCAGUGCGGGUUUUAUAAAUGACGGAAACACAGCGGUAGUGAGCAAGGUGAGACACCGGCAUCGUGGAGCGUGCUCACUUCGAGACACCUUGCGUUGACGUCCCCCUCUCCGUUGUGCUCUUCGGUUCCACAGCAGCGAACGGCUCCCAGAGCUCUGACGCCUCGGGGUAUCCCCGAUGCAGGGGCCGAACCGCUGUCUGAGGAGGGGCACCUGCCCCAGCCCAGCCAGGAGCCGGGGUUCGUUUCACCCCUGUUCGCACACACGCGCCAGCCCUACAUCUCCCUUACACCAGCGUCGAGGUGCUUCCGAGCCCAACUCACCGCUCCCCGAGCAGCAAGGCCCCACAUCGCUUCCCCGAAAGCUCCCGGCGCUUCCCGACCCCCCCGUGGCCCCGAGCCCCCGGCAUCCGAAAGGUGCCCGGUUCCCCUGCACCAUCGCACACCGCAAGCCGAACUCCGCCGAGCUGCCCCGAGCCCUCCGCCCCCGCCGCACGCAGCGCGGAGCCUCCCCGGGCUCACAGAGGAGCCGGGAGGACACCGCGGAGCUCCCGACCCCGCGGCUGCUGAGGGAGCAGAGCGGCGUGCGGGAUCCCGGGCGCAGAAUGCAUGACUGUUUGGUGUUCUGAUCAUCUACAACUUAUACUGAGCCAUGAGAGAAAAUGGAACUCACCCCAUCACAGCUGCCAAGGCUAGCAACUGCAUUGGAAAAAAAAUGCCUAAGUAAUUCAGGUGGGGUUUUUGAUCCAGUCAUUAUUAUUUGGCCUUGAGAUAUGUUUAGAAUUAUCUAGGUGUACUUCAGCAUUCACACCUAUUUUAUUUGGUCUAUUUCUGUUUGAAUAAAACCUAGGGACCAAAAGUCCCCUUUCCUCCUCUUUUGUCCCCUUCACAUGGCUGCUUUAUCUCCACAACAUCCUUUGAAGGCUAUUUACUGAAAGGAUGAGAGACUGGUUAUCACAGAGAACUGAAAACUUUAAAAAGAAAACAGGAAUUUCAAUAAACCUGCUCUGGAGCUAGAUCAAGAACUAGAGAUUCUCACUUCUACUGCAAACAACCUGCAAGAUCUAAGAUGAUUUCUCCCCAGCUCUCACCAGCUUCCCAGUUCCAUUAAGACAGGAUGCCUGUUUAACCAAGCUGUGGAUGUAAAUGCUGGGAUAAUAUUCAAUUUAGAAACCUUGCUUCAAUGAUAAAUUUAAUGAUAAGCAACCUUUUACAUUGUUAAGAGUCAGGUCAAAUCUUGAGGAGGUGGUUUAUAUAGUACCUCACUGCACCACUUUCAUAUCCCUCAACAAUUAAAGCCAGCAGAGAUUUGAAUUAAUGAAGCAAAGAGGAUGACUAUGGAGCUUUAAUUUCCAACAUUAGAUGUGUAUACACACACUCUUUACAAAAGCAAAGUGUAUUUAUGUCUUUCAGUUCAGACUAGCAACCUACAAAACAUAAAGGCAGUAAAUCCCUGAGCACAGAAUAAACUGAAAAAUGCCUAAGAAAUAUUAACCAACAACAUUGAUGAUUUACAAAGGUGAGAGUUAGGAUUGAAGCAAUCCAAAAUUAUCUUAAAUACCUGUAAUACCUAAAUUUUUAUAGGGUACUGACAUGCCCGUGGUCAGUUUCCCAGUUAGCAAAGCAUUGCAAGGCUCACUAGUGCAAAAUGUUGUCCACUUCGUAAAAUAAAGACAGCAACUGCUGGCGCUUGCCAGUAACACUUUAUAUGUGGGUGCUCAAGUACUGUGACAGUGCAUGUAAAAAUGAGAUCCGAACCAGGACAAUCCCGAACACCCAGGUGGUUCAGUUGACAAGCACUCAACCACUCACCAGAGGGAGCCCAUUUUCCCCAAAAGCCAAUGCUUGUAGUACGACCAACCUGCUGUCCGGGGAGCGUCCAUACAACUCACCCAAAUCUUUGUUCCAACUGAGGCAGCUACACAGAUGUACCACGAAGAGGAAAGAACAGAACUGUAAAGAACCACAUAGCUGCUUGAUUAAUAGUUUUUGCAGCACAAAAGGCACUUUAGUGAAGAAGCUGCUAUGUCUGUCUUCCAAGUGGAACAUUUCUCAGGGAAACCAUCCUCAUAUCUGCAGCAUCUGGACACGUAAACAUUUUAUGUUGUCCCUUCUGUGUACUGUUUGUGAUAUUAUAUUUGAAAUAUAUUUCUACAGAAUAUUUAAAGCCAUUACACUGAAAAGAAAGUAUUACAGUUUUUAAGUAAUUUUUUUCAAAUAGAAAAAGUAUUUCAGAAAAAAAAGACACCUCUCACUUCAUAUUCCCUCAAGGGAAAGAAGCAACCCUCUACUGUAUUAGCAGUUCUUAGGCAUUCUUUAAAGUCAAACUGAAGAACUACGUGAUUACCUGCAGCUGCAUGCCUCCUGGUAUCCGUCCUUUUUCCCCCCCUUCAAUAUCAUGAGAUAAUAUAAAGUUACUACCUUUGCUUUGUCUUCUUUGCUCUCCA